UACGCGGAUAGUCAGAGUGGAGCGUUUACAAAAACGCGAUCCGUUUGGGGGGGUUUUCGCUGGUUUCCGCGAGUCUCUCGGUUCCCGGCCACCGUUUCCUCAGUGAAAAUGCCGCUGUGACAGUGAGGUGCGCGUGCCGUGUGCUCUCCUCGGCUUCGUCGCGGCCCCAGCAAAUCACCCGCCAACCGUCUUCGCGGAUUUUCGCCUCAGUACUGUUCCACCGAUCGCGCGGCUAUCUCUUAUCUUUUCGAACGUUCCCGUGUCUCUCUCUCCCACGCUCAUACGCUCUCCGUCUCUCUUACCCUCUGCCCUUCGCCAUUCGCGCGUUUUUUCUCUGUAUCUCGUCGUCUGCUAACCCUCCUCGCCGUAUGUCGUAAUCAAGAUUUGACACAAUCGAUGGUCAUGUCUACAAGUGCCGCGUGAGUUUCGUAAUCGGCUGCUACAGGAACCCGAUUCGCCGGCGGUGCAAACAGAUGUCUGUACAACGAUCGCGUCUGAAGUCUUAAUGUGGCACUGAGUGAUGCAAGUGAUUUACUUCCAUUUCUUCGUCAAAUAUCGUCUACAUAUCUUCGCCCGACUACGUUGCCUGCAGAUAUUCUUCAAAGCGUGAGAGGUCACCGGGAAAAAGAAUGGACCGACUUCGGCGGAGUUUUCGGGAUAGCUUUCGACGCCGGAAAGAUCCUCACGUACCAGAAUCGAGUAAACCCCAUCAAUGGCAAGCAGACGAGACAGCUGUCCGUUCAGCUACGUGCGCCUUCCAUGUUAAGUACCUGGGAUGUGUUGAGGUGUUCGAGUCGAGGGGCAUGCAAGUAUGCGAAGAAGCCCUGAAAGUACUUAGAAAUUCGAGACGGCGGCCGGUUCGCGCAGUGUUGCACGUAUCCGGGGAUGGUUUGCGGGUCGUCGAAGACGAGACGAAAGGGCUGAUCGUCGACCAAACGAUAGAAAAAGUUUCGUUCUGUGCACCAGAUCGGAAUCACGAGAAAGGUUUUAGUUACAUUUGUAGAGAUGGAACGACCAGACGGUGGAUGUGCCACGGAUUUUUGGCGUUAAAAGAAUCGGGUGAACGGUUGAGUCAUGCGGUAGGCUGCGCUUUUGCUGCGUGUCUGGAAAGGAAACAGCGAAGGGACAAGGAAUGCGGUGUCACGAUGACAUUUGAUUCGAAAACCUCGACCUUUACGAGGAGCGGCAGUUUUAGGCAACCGAGCCUUACCGAACGAUUGCAGGAUGCGCGAGAACGAGCUGUUGACGUACCCCCGUUGAAGCAGGUGUACAAUCCUUUUGCGAUCGAGAGACCACACGCUACCCCGUCGAUGCUAGAACGACAAGGUUCCUUCCGCGGUUUUACGCAACUGAAUCAAGCAUCUCCGUUCAAAAGACAGCUCAGCUUACGAGUCAACGAUCUUCCUAGCAACCUUGAACGAACGCGUAGCCACAGUCUCGAGCCGACAGAUUUGUCACGAAUGCCGCCAACAAUGUCUCACAUCGUACCUUUGAAACCGCCAGAAUUCGAAGGAUAUGACGAAGUUAGCCCAAUACCCGAGCUAUCGCCAGGGGUUCAAGAUAGCGUUUCGGCAAUGUGUCAGCAGCUUUCGCAAGGUCUUUCUCUUCUUUCGAGCUGCGACGACUUCGGACCAAUGCCCAGCCAGAGCAGCACAAGCUCUGUUGCUAAACAACUUUUUACAAGCACUAUUGUGAAUAACACUUCACCAGUGACAAGCAGUAACUCGUUGGAUGAGUUGAAGUUGCAGAAUGGACCGAGUCUCAACAACAACAAUAACAACAACAACAACAACAACAACAACGACAAGAACGACAAGAACGAAGAUCUCAGUAAUUUGAAUCACAUUGGACCCACUUGGAAAGAGUCACCGUCACCCGUUCUGGCUUCGAAUCAUAGACUUACGCCGAUCCUAAAUAAAACUACCAAUCUUAGUCCUAUCCUUCCAAGAACAAGUGCGACUACUCCAAUCGUGAUGAGUACCCCGGCAUCUACCACCACCGUUGGUGUAUUUGGUACACCACCUUCGGCCAGUCCUGCUUUUAGCACAGCAUCCACGUCCUCCUUGGGAAACGCGUCCACGCCAGCUGUAAAUAGGUCACCGAUUCCUACGAACUCUACGGUGACUCCGAAAACAACCUCGCCAACCACCAGUGUAGCCUCCUCUUCUCCAGCUUUAUCUGCUAGUAUCGCUACCGAUGCUAGCCAAGUCAGUCAAACCUCGGUAGCAAAUGCGAUUUCCAACGCAUCGGUACAACCAGUUGCGACGACAGCAUCAUUGCCGAAACCAGAGCAAUGGCUGGGAAGUAUAACCGGAGCGGUACCGUCAUCAGUGCAAUCUCCUUUACAGGGUCAGACCAGUCCUCGACGAGCGCCACCGCUUCACGCGAGAGCCCUCUCGCUUGGAUCGGCUGCGAUGGGACAAGCUACCAGGACUGGUCCAUCCGAUCCCUUCGAUGCCGAGUGGGCCGAGAUCGCAGCGAGAAAUCUGCGUCAGGCCAGCACGACGAAUCCUUUCAUAAUGCCAAACGCGACGCAAGCGUUUCAGGUGCAAUUGUAGCGCCAAGAGUUUAUCAACAGCGUUGUCAAGUUCUUCCGUUCUAGUACAUAAUGACGAUCAAGUGUUAGUUCGCAUUUCGACCAUUCGCAUGCUCGGAACUACGGUACAUCCUUGUUAAGAUUCCGGUCUGGUCGAUUGCCCGAGCCAGCACCUCGAAAUGCGAGAAGGAGCGAAGAACGGAAGAUGCGUCGAUCUCGAAGAGAUAUCUAGUAGCGAUGACGAUAGAGAAAGAAUUCGCACAAAAACACGUACCCGCAACAUUCUUUAGACGAGUAGAUUACGCACACAGCCUAUCGAUGACCUCAAAUUAAAUGUAUACGCGAAGCGAAUAGAAAUACAACAAGAAAGGGACCACCGCGAUGGUCACCGUUUAAGAUGGGUACGACGAAGCUCGUCGAUCGGUCGAAGAUAACGUUUCAAAUAUUGUCGCACACUCGCUUGCGGGCCAAAUUAGACGUCGCUGGUAUCGAUAACAUAUUUAAAUGUCUAUCGCGAGAUAAACUUAUAAACGAGGUGUACAAUAAUCUCGAGUAGUUUAGGCUCAAAACGAUUCCCGUCUUUCUGCAUGAAGAAACAAAAUUUGCACGCACUCCAAGAUUUUUGCUGCACCACAAAUGUUUCGACGAAAAUGACAAAAUGACGAAAAAAAAAAAAAAGAAAUGAAAAAUAAGAUGUAAGUAGUUUAGUCCCGGCUACGUGGCAAGAAAUAUUUUCGUUUACAGCGAUAACAGUCGAGAAACAGUGUAAACGAAAAAAUCGACCCGAGUACCAGGAAUUGAAGAGUUCCGUUCACGACAAAGGAGAGAUAGCUACGCGAACCAGAUAGAUGGCUAAAGAAAGUGAAAUCGACGAGCACACGUAAAUGGUUGAACUACUUGAAAGACCGUGACAGACAUACGAUAUAUGGCCAGUACUUAAUGCGAGGGCGGAUUCGAACGGGUAUUUUGAAUGUUUUAUUAUUAAUUUAUUAAUUCAAUAUACAAGCGGAGGAAGCGUUGGCGAGCUUGAAUAGUACAGAAUCUAUCGUUUCCAAGCCGACGUAAUGUACACAAAUCUACACACAACUAGUUACUUAAGUAAUAAUUAGAUGUUGAAGUUUUUAGAAUCAGUACGUUCCAUGCUAUCGUUGUCUAAUAUCGUGCGUGCGAACGAAUCGUAUUUAUCGUAACGAGGACUAGGCAGACGGAUUAGCGCUCGCUGAACGAUUUGGUCCGCACAACUAUGACACAAACGGUGCUUCCCCUAAGGACAAAACGAUAUUCACGACAAGAAACGAGAAAAACGAUAUACAGCGUCAACUUCUGACAUAAACUAUAUACGUUACUGAUUGUUAUAGUGUAUAUCGCUCGUUAAAUGAAUUUCUAAAAGUGAGAGGGACGCGAGUAGAUUUUAUCCCGAUUCAAAGAAAUUAGCGCUUUCAAAGUACUUAAUAUAAAGAACCGGGAUAUGGAGAUAACCUAAUUGUCCAAAUUCUUCGACUUACGUCACUCUCAUUCUCAGAGGCUUGGACGGAUACAGAGGUCACAGUAGAGACUCGAGAACGCUUCCCGCGUCCUAUGCAUUGGCUUGUUGCAAACAAUCGUCCCAUUUUUAUGCAUUCCGAAUUCCUAGGCAUUGUCUCGAUGGGAUGCAGUGCUCUUUCCGUUAGCUAUUUCGGGCAGCUUUUGGUCGAUUGCUCGCUUUAAUUCGCUUAGUUGUGAAUAAUCUUUCUUUGGACGGUCCGAUGUUGAAAAUUACUUGGGGACUACUAUAAUAGGGCAUGCCAUACGGUAAGGGGGAGAGAAUAGGUUAUUUCGAAAGAGUAGGAAGAAAGUCGGUGAUAUCAAUGAAAUAGAACGAUUUCGUCGAUGAUGGGGAAAAGGGGGUACGUGUUCGAUCGUUAUUUUGACGACUCGUGUGCGCACGCGCUGUACAUAAAUUAGUUAUUUAAAUUGAUAAUGCAAGGAACGGAGAACGAAAGAGAGGGAGAAAGUGAACGUGCGUGUAUGUGUGUGUGUGUGUGUGUGUGUGCAGAAGUUGUUAAAAGGCGUUCUUCGUUACCGAGGUUUUAUUAAGUUGUAACGAUAAGUUAUCUUGUAAAUAUUCUAGUUCGAUAGCGUUUAUCAGCACAAAACGUUGCUUCCACGUUCGGUGAUAGCUACUUAUGAGGAGGAUGAUCCUUCGUCAGCCAGAGACGGAAACACGCGAACGACGCUCGUUACACGGAAGUCACCGAUAUCGUUCUCGAUCGGUGAGGUUGCGCUCGAUCGUUCGAGUCGCCUUCUCUCCGUCCCGUAAAUCAAAAGCAACCGAAUAAAUGAAUAAUGAAACGGAACGUUGUGGAAGUAGCACAAGCGUAAUCAUCGGGUACUCGCCGCAGGAAAUUGUAAAAAUCAAAACUUUUGUUGGUUUUGUUGGUUCAGUUGGGAUAUACUUAAAAUAUUAGUAUAAACGCUGCUCGUUUUCAUUUUUCAUUGGUGAUGAACGCGAUAAUCGACGUCGUGGACUUCGCGAGUCUUUAUUCCUGUCAACGAAUUCCGCUCUUCGAGUUCCCUCGGAUAAUAGAUAGGGCUAGGGUGGGGAGGGGGGCGUCAGGGAACCGAUAAUGCGUAUACAAUGCAGUACAGUGAUUCGUUACAUAACAUUAUCGCCUAAGUACUUAUUGUUUUUUUCUCUUCUCUCUUUGUUUUCCUUUUUCUUUUUUACAACUUGUUUUUGUAUCGAUACAUGAUAAUUAUUUGUUCAGGUUUAUUUGACUAGGAUUGAAAUCGUAAACAGGGCAUCUUGGCUGGUUUCUAGUCCUGUAUAGUUUUCUUUUAUAUGUUCCUUUUUUGGAAUCCGAGUAAUGAAAAGUAACUCGCUUUGUUUCGAAACUAAAACUUUUGGUAAACAGGACAGUCGUCAGUCAAGACGCAUUCCAGUGUUUCGUUCAACCGAAGGAGACUAGUGCAUUUACGAUUGGUUUAACUCUUAAGUACACACAGGGAGAUUGGAAUAACAGGCAAAUAGGUGCACCGCGUGCCAAAUUGAAAUGUUCAAACCGCGCUCACCGCGAAGUUAUUUAACAGUACCAUCGUGCACGCUUCCGUGGUUGUGUUGUACAUAGUGACGCCGAUCGAUUCCUGGAUCAAUGUACGACUGCGUGUUGUUACGUGAAAGUAUCCUUGUUCGUUUUACAAUGUAUCUGCCUCUGUAUAGAUACGAUUUAUUAUAAUAUCUGUUGUGAUUACCAAAUUGUUUCUCUUAUUGUUUCUAUCUUCACCUACAUAUUUAUGAUGGUUCUGUAUGUUUUUAUUUAUAAAAGAAUAAUUCUGAACUUGUCGAUUCGAGUCCGA